GACUUAAUAAUCUGAUGAUUUACCCAAUGUACCACAAGACAUUCAGUGACAAAUUUGGUUUCACCGAAGAUGAUAUUUGCAUUGUUCUUCACUAUCAUGGACAGGAUGACAAGAAGAAUGCAGUCAAAGAAUGGUAUAAUGGCUACCAUGCUGCAGAUCACCGACUGUACAAUCCUUGGUCCAUCCUGACCUUUCUCGAUACAAAGCAACUGGGAAGACACUGGGUUGAUACUGCAGGAGGCACUGCAACGAUUAUGGAACUCAUAUGGCAUUCAGGCACUGACUUCAAGAUUAAGACCACGCAGUUGAUUAACCGAGAGGCAGUUAAGGUCGAAAUUUCGAGGAAACUCGACUACAGUGCGCUUCGCAUAUGCACAGAUUCAGCAUU